UGCUUCACGUGAAUUAAAUUAUGCGUUUAAAUGGAGAAAAUAUGAAAUUUCCUGAUAUUAAGGGGUGCGCAUCGGGAUUUGCUCAAUCGACAAAGUCAAUUAUGAUCGCGUUUCAGCGAAAUUGGAGGCGAGGUGUCUGACCGAAAUUUUCGUUAAUGGUACCGAUGAUAUACGCGUAAAGGGUUCUAUGCAUGUGCACGCAUCUGCAGCCUCUUUUUGCGCACUUCUAGUUGCUUUGAACAUAGUUUGUAUGUCUGCGAUCGCAAUUAGUUUGCGAGAUUGCACUCUGUCCUCGGUGGACGUUCAUUGCUGAUGCUGCUAAUGACGUUUAUCUUGUGCAUCUAGAAUACGAAGUAAUAAUAGUUGGAUAUACACAGAAUGGCCCAGUAGAAAUAGCACAGCUAUAUAUCUCUGCUUUCGAUUUUCAAAAAAUAUUGUGUUUUGUAUUUUUUAAUUAUCUUUUUUCGAAAGAUAUUAAAGAUCACAUUUGUAAGAGAAAUCGGCGCAAUGAAAAGCUGCAAUAAUAUAUAGUUACUAGUUACGGUCAUAUAGACUCGCAGAGUAUAAAGUCAGUACGGAUGCAAAGUUUUAAUACCGCGGAACUCCAAAGGGAGAACUAAACUGCAGGACAUUUCAACCCCUUUCAUUAUUUUAAGGCAUUCCCUUUGGAACCGUGAAAACGUAUUUAGCGAACACGAAAAAUUUUACGAGUUAAUAAAAAUUUAUUCAAAGCUUUUGCUCGCGUGUGUGCUGCCGCUUAUUCUUUACCGUAGUUAUUUUUUCUCCACAUGCAAAAUAAAAAAAUGUCUUAUAAGAGUUAAAGAAAUCAUAUAAUUUUCCGCUUUAUAAAAUUAUUGUAUUUACAAACAGUAAUAUCAUAGGAAUCGAUAUAAGAGCGGAAGUAUUAAAUUUUCUAGAAGAGCUUUUUUUUAUAGCCACAAACGAAUUUUGCUGGUGCGCGGAAAUACUCGUAAAACAUUGAAGAGCGGGACAAUUUAUUUUUAUGGAAAUACGCGUGUGCAUAAAAGAUUUUUGUAACGCGUAUCCCGCGGAAAGUAUAUUCAUUUGCAAACACAAGGAUUUUGCGCGUCGCGUAUCAUGUGGAAAUUAAUUGGCCGUGCCUAUAAAUAUUCGCCCGGGUGUGAAAUUUUUAUUCGUCUGCCGCGUCCGCAAUCAAAUCGUUCAUGCUAUGAAUAUCGCAUAAAUUUAAUUUCGUAUUACGUUAUCCUGUUACGCGAAUACGAUUUGACCACGUGACGCGACACGGCACUUUAUUUCAAUAUUAAAUGCGUUCCCGAUGUUCCGCGCCUUUAAUUAUUAAAUUUAUGCGAGAAACUGCAAUAGCACCCGGGAAACAAAAGGAAGGUGCGAGCGGAGAGUAACAAGAGAGAGGCGCCAUUAAAAAUGCUGAAUAAACAUGAAGGUGCGGAGAAAUUCUUUUUGUCCCGCAUACUUGUGUAUAACCGUUGCAUGCACGCAUUAGUGCAAAUGACGCAAAAUUUGUGAAUAAUGUCAUCCUCUCGAGAUUAUUGCAAUUUUCAAAUAAAUUGUGUCAUCGAUUUAUCCACAUCUCACCUUAAAAGGUUAUUAUAGGUAUAUAGUAUAAUACCUUAAGAAUGUAUAAUAUCUUAAGAUAACAAAUUAAUUUAAUUUUUAAUAAAUAAAUUAUUUUAAUUCAAUGCUUUAAUAAAUUAUUUUAAUUCAAUGCUUAAUUUACAAUGAAUUUUUCAUAAUUACAUUAUAAAAAAGUGCACGUUCGCAAGCUGCGUUAUCGAAUCAUCAUGGCUUGGUGGACAAGUCUGACCUUCUCUGUGUUUUUCUACUUCUAUUUGUAGAAUGUGCUGCAUAAAGAAUCGAUUGAAAAGUUCAAUCACUUUUAAUUAACAUUUAUGGAAAUUUUUUAAAAAUAAGUUGACAAAAGGAAGAUCUUGCAACACAAAUUUUGACAAAUGAGGGAUGCAACCCUUAUUGACGAUAAAUUUUCAUCGAAAAUAAAAAUCCAAAGAUCCACGCAAAUUAAAUGCUGAUUAUUAGAAAAGAUUAUCUAAACAUUAAAUAUAUCAAGAUAUCAGAGCGAUACUUCUACGAUAUUGCUAGCAAGUCCUCGGGUUCAACUUGGUCGCCGGCUCGACGGCGAUCAGGACGACGAGUCUCUCCUUGGCAUCGUGGUCGACUUAAGACGACGCCGUCGAGGUCCAUCGGGGAUCAAGCCCCUGGUACCCUCACUAGGUGGGGAUUCGGUGUUCCACGUGGAGGCGGAGCGACGUCGCGCGUCGGGAUGCCGAACCGACGCGGGGGUGUCCAACCCCCGAGAUGCCUGGUGGGGAGCAGUGGUGAACGCAGUCCCCGACGGAUCACCGAGACGGUAUAACGCGUUCCGCCGUCUCCGCUCGAUACUUAAACGAGUCCUUCGCCACGUGACCGCGUCAUCAAAAACGCGCAUUGAGUCGAAAACACUUCGAGUCUCCUCGACCAUCAGGGAGAUCCAGGCGGAGAUCUCUCGCGAUAAGGGCUCUCCGAUAAAAAAAAAAAAAAGAAAACAAUUUUUCCGUCGGCUCCGAUAUUCGAAAUUUCACGAAGAAACACGCGAUAGACUAUGACAAGACAGGGCGAAAGGACUGUUGAGUUCUCGGAGUUAGCCAUGAUAUACUAAAGUGUAUUCUGUAAAGUUUGUAAUUAGCGUUUGCGCGGUCGCUACGCGUGAGACACGUGAUUCCCGCGGGGUCGUAUACCCCGAGACCGUCGUGAAUGGUGCUGAAAGGUGGUAAACGUGUUUCCUAAGGCCAUUAAGGGCGGUACGUGAUGUUUAGCUGCUACGAGAGAUUUUAGGUGUAGGGAUUAUCGAGGAUAGACUACAUCCUGAUAAGGCAUGCUAUGCGUCAGAGCACCGGAAACGGAGGUCCGCGCAGAAGAUGACGGGGUUAAGUAGAUAAAGGGAGCGGAGCCUGGUUGCCAUCGACGGCGGACGAUUCCCUCGGCUCCUCUCUUUCUCAUCGCAGCGCACAAUGCUUUACCAUCGCGCCCUUGUCGUUCUCUUCGCUGUCAACGUGCCAAUCGUGACCGGGCUUGAGCCAGACUUCGCUUACCCGCUGGAGAACGUAACGAUCCCGCAGGGUCGAGACGCUACCUUCACCUGCGUGGUGAACAACCUCGGUGGAUACCGGGUGGCAUGGAUCAAAGCGGACACCAAGGCAAUCCUAGCGAUUCACGAGCACGUGAUUACAAACAACGCCCGUCUGUCGGUGACCCACAGCGAUUACAACACGUGGACGUUAAACAUUCGCGCAGCACGUCGGGAAGAUCGCGGGAUUUAUAUGUGCCAGGUCAACACGGACCCUAUGAAAAGCCAGAGCGCGUUUUUGGAGGUGGUAAUACCGCCAGACAUAAUCUCGGAAGAGACCUCGAACGACAUGAUGGUACCCGAGGGAGGUUCCGCCAAGCUGGUGUGUAAAGCGCGUGGUUAUCCCAAGCCUGACAUCGUGUGGAAACGAGAAGACGGCACUGAAAUCAUUUCGCGAGCCGGCAUUUCCGGCGGCAAGACAAAAAUACCCACUGCAGGAGGCGAAACGCUGACUUUGUCGAAAGUAACGAGAGGCGAGAUGGGUGCCUACCUAUGCAUCGCCAGCAACGGAGUGCCUCCGUCAGUCAGCAAACGAAUGAUGCUACACGUGCAUUUUCACCCAAUGGUCCAAGUGCCGAACCAGCUGGUCGGAGCUCCGAUCACAACUAACGUCACGUUGGUCUGUCACGUGGAAGCGUCACCUAAGGCCAUUAAUUACUGGACUCGAGAAUCGGACGAAAUGAUAAUCACCAACAGUAAGUACGCGAUGUCCGAGAUAAAAACAUCGGUGUACAGCGUACAGAUGCGACUAGUGAUCAUGAACCUGCAGAAGCACGAUCUGGGUGGCUACAAAUGCAUCUCGAAAAAUUCUAUCGGCGAUGCUGAGGGAAACAUCCGGCUUUACGACAUGGAGCUGCCUAAGCAUUCCAGAAAGACGGGUGACCGGCGAUCGGAGGACGAUACGGGCGAUUCGAUCGGCGAACGCGAUCACAGACUGAAUCACGUGCAUCAGGGCCCAUUGAGGGAAACGGGAUCUACCCUAGAACCAUCUUUCGACACAGACGAUAAUUCGGCAUCCACUACAUCGAAAGAGAGCGCGUCGCCCGCGACCACCGCCAUCAUCCUAGUCGCGCUGCAUCAUCUGCUCGCUUCGACGUAAGAUAGACGGAAUUUAUCUUUAAAUACUCUCAAAAUACGUUUAUUACGAGCUCGAUUCUCUAGCUUUAACUCUAAAAGAGAUUGCGCAUGACAGCGGCGAAAUAAUCCGAUCGAGUCGCGUUCUCGGCGAUCCAUAUUUGCCGUCUACCAAAUUUUGGAUCGAUAUUUCGUUGAUACGUAACAAUAGUCAUAUCUUAUACGGAAGAGUAAUUAUUAAUUACUAUGCGUCACGUUGCUGAAGGAUACUAUUAUAAUACGUUUGAAAUAUAAAAAAAUUCACCGAAUCGAUGAGUAAAAAUUUGCAAAGCAGAAAUUUUCAUAUUAUUAUUAUCAAAAGGAGUAAAUUUCAUAUUUUUAAAUAUAUUUUAUAUAUACUUAUGUGAAACAAUAAUAUGGUAAAAUUGAAUACAAUGUACUUCGAAAAUAUAAUGAAUUUAUUUUUCUGUGGAAAUUAGAAGAUGAAUUAUGAUAUAAAUUUAUUAUUAUUAAUAAAUUAUUACUUUUACCAAAUGUAACGGCUUUUUACCGGGCAUUUUUUUCCAAUAAAAAUAAUUACGUUUUUAUUAUUCAUUUUAUUUGCGACAUAAAAUGGCGAAUUAUAAAAUUAUUGUGGAAUUCGAAGUCUCUCAACGUCAAUUCAUGCGAUAAUUAAACAUUUGGACGGUUUGCAUUUUGAUAAUGAACAAAAAGCAUCUGAUAAAAUUUUAUUCCGAAACGAAAAAGCGAUAAUAGACGAUGAAUAAUAAUGUCCGCAUAUAUAGAAAUAGAAACAGAAACUUGGAGGUCAAGAAACACCGAUUAACAAAAGCGACAUGUUCAAUCAAAUCAUACGUAAUAUAACUUAUAUGUAAAAAUAAUAUGCGGCACUUGUGAGACAGAAUGUUAAUUCAAAAGCUCGAUAUGAAAGUACAAUGGACGACUUUUAUAUUUUUGAUUGUCGGAGAUAUUUUUCAUUGAAGAUGUUUUAGCAAUUCUCUUCAGAUUUUGAAGAUAUUUAUAUAAAAUAUGUUAAUGCUAUUUCAUCUUUUAUAUAUAUAUUUAAAAAACUGUAAGCAAAUUCGCACUUUUUUCUUUAUAAAAAUACAAUUGCAUCUCUAUAUUAUGGAUAGUAUUAAUUUAUUAAUAGAUAAAUUUUCAUAUAAUAAGUUUGUUAAAUAUUAUUUACAUUAUUAUGAUCGCAAAUUAGUCUUUCGGCAUAGAGUACUAUCAUAUUUUUUUCUCGAGAGCAAUUUUCAGGAAUCUAUUUCAAUUUUAAUUCAUAGGCGAUGCCUUUAAUAUAUAAAAACCGUCCAUAUGUACCUAUAUCUCGUGUAGCAUCGAUCCAACGUAGCCGCUCAUCCACUUAACGCCGAUGUAAAUUAACAGUCUAACGAAUAUCGACGAAACGUUAACGGCACCAAAGAUUGUGAAAUUUUGCUCGUUUCGUCAUCGCGGGCUACGGCUACCCUGAUUGUCCGUUUGCGGCUUAACGAGAUAUCUCGUUAGUAGCCACGUCUCGCCACACAUCACCCUCCCAAUGACAUAAUUAUAAAACCGCCGGACUUUUUUAGCUCGCAUCCGAAACGUCAGAUCAGAGCGGGCGAGGCGGUUUUACACGCGGAAUCAAUUACGCGAACGUCGUUCACGUCGAGUCGCUACCGAUGCCGGAGGAAACACUCCCGACAGCGACUGCCGCGCGAGAAAUCGCGCAUGUUUAAUUAACGCGCGAAUUCCCAUCGAGUGAAUUCGCAUUAGCCGCGAUCAAGUGGAACGAGCUGCUGCAGCAUCGGUGUCUAAUCCAGAGCCGAUUUUACUUACACGAUCGAGAGCCAAGCGGAGUGCUGGGCUUUCCACUCGUGCGUGCGUGACGCACGCAAUUUCGCAAUACGUAUCGCUUCGUAUCCCGUGAAAUUCAAUUUCCAAUUGCGUUUCUCUAAAUUGAGACCAAUCGAAAAUAUCCUUGAUAUAUUUUGAUCUAUCGAACUAGUCAAUCUUCGCAAUUUCGGCUGUCUGAAAGAUGCUGAGACAUCUUUGAAUUAUAAAAAAAAAGAUGUCACUUCUACUUUUAUACUUUGUAUAAUAAUAUCUAUAUUACCUAUAUUCGAUGGAGAAAAAAUAUUAACGCGAAUGACAGGACGGUAAUUGAAAAUUUUUUCAUUAACAUAUUCACAUCGCGCGCGAGCAACCGUAUCGAAAUAUUUUUAUCGACAAUUUUGUUAUUAAAUACAUAUGUAUCAGUUGAUCUGGAUGAUUGGAAAUGUUUCUUUUUCCGAUAUUCCAACAUUAUUCAGACAGUUACAUUAAACUUCUAAUUUCUUCAAUAUGUAGCACAGAUGUUUUGUUCUAUGUUUGCUUCAUCUGUGCUCUAAAAAUAUAACAUCUUACAUUUCUAGAUCUUGCCAUUUCUAGAAAUAUCCUAUCAAGCUCGAGAAGACGCGAUUGCUCAUUCCAUUCUUAUGUCGCGAAAAAAAUUUCAUGAUAAAGAAAUAUUGAUAUGUGCUUCGUACAAAAAGUAGAAAAUAGAAUUUUCUAAAUAAAACAGUACUUUGUGUGUAAAUAACUAACACACACUGCUGAAUUUUCUGUCAAGAGGAUUCAAAUCUUGAGUUAUAAAUAUUCAGAGUUGACAUCACAAGAAUCCUUCGCACGUUGAAAAAUGAUAGCGCGAGAAAUAACAGUAACAAAUUAACUUGCCAUCACUUUGUAACAACAUUAAAUAUGAACAUUACUGAAAUUGAUUAAAAUUUUUUCUUAGUUCGCAAAAAAAUUGCAAACCACACACACACAUUUAUAUACAUAAAUAAAUUCACAAAAUUAUAUAGUUUUGGAGACACCGUGCUGUUCUCAUACACUUUUGUUUUCGAAUUAAAUCGUUCAUACAUUUUCUAUUAAUAUUACAAUUAAUUUAUGAUAUUUGUGACUCACAUACGUACGCGCAAAAUUUCGGAAAAUCUCGUGGUUCGUUGAAAACGCGACGACUCGGUAAACGAAUUUUGAUACAUAAUUUUGGUUCAGUGACAACGAGGCGCGCAGAUGAAAGCAAAAGUGAGAGAUAAUUGCUCGUCCCGAUUAGAGAAACGUGCCAAAUGUUCGGCUUCGUUAUUCUUUUUUUUUUUUUUUAUUUUAAGAAUUUCAUAUCUAUGGAUUUAUUUAGGAUGACUUAUCAAUAUCGGCGUUUCAAGGGUCCAUAUCGCUUUUUUCAAGCUUCCGAGUUCAAUAUUAGAUAUCCGCGCGUUGUUAUGCCAUUUAGACGGCUUUUCUAUAAACGGCACCAAGUGUCGAGAGUUUUGAGUUGGGAAUAUCUGCGAAUAUUCUCAUAUCUUAGAAAUGUUUAUAUAAAAACGAUAAAACAAAAAAAAAA